AAUCCUUCUACUGAACCCUCCACGAGGGAGUCGCCUGGAAAUGGGACACACAGCAUUCUCGUCCUGUACGUUGUCAGGGCAGUGCCCAGCUAAGAUCAGGAAGAAUUGAGUGAGUGUCCUUAGCUCUUCAAUAGCUACGCACCACUCAUUGCUUUUUGAUCAUGGUAUGAAGGUCCUCUUAACCCGGGAGUGUUACGCGAUCCGUGCUCACCGGGCGUAGGUUUGCAGUCAAGGGGUCUGUCCGACUGUAUUUUUACGGAGCCUCUUCAAUACAUGACCGCCUUGAGGAGUAAGUUUGGUCUAGCCAUGGUAUGGGACGCUGCUGUGGUGGUCGCCUCUUUCGUCCAAAUUUCCUCGGGUCCGCCACGCCUAUCUUAUCGGGUAAGGGGGACGAUUAUGAUAUUUAAUGAACUCUUCCGAUACUGUCUCGGAACUCAUGGGUGGAGAGUAUAAACGCACCAAACUCACGGAGGACGAAUUAUUGAAAUCAGAUGAUGAGAUCGUUGCUGAUUCCAAAACUGAUUAUACCAGCUACAGUACACCGGCGUCUUUUCCAAAUUCAUCAUCAUCCAAAAUUUCCGACAACAUUCCCUCUACCAGUCACAGUAGACCGAAUGCUAAUCACGCACCAACGCUCAAAAUUGCCAGUCUCAGCAGUAAAGGUAAGGUGAAAUCGCGUAAAAAAACAGCCAGCAUGGCACGAAAAAAUCGCUAUCAGCGAGCGCUUUUUAUGCUUAAGAAAAUCGAGAGCAACAAAAAAGAAGGAAACGUUCAUGAACGAGACGAAGCCGACACUGAAAAAUACCGCGCCAUUGUGGAGGAGUAUCUUCAUGAUGAGGGUCUGCGCCAAUCUGAUAUCACCGGCAAGAACGUUGGAGAUGGUGGUAAACGUAACAGAUCUCAAGAAGAUCCAGGCAUGGCAGCGAAGCGGCGCAAGAAUGUAACGGGGGAUGUGAAGCCAAUACCAAGACCGACACAAGCUGCUCGUCCCUUCAGUGAAGUGGCGAGGGACCAUCUCAGUGUGGCUUUGAUCGAUGAACGCAACUCCAACAGCAAAAUGCUGAUGGAGAGAUGGGCGUUGAUUGAGACCAAACUGUCCGAAUUGGUUAUGGCUGAGCUCAUGACCAAUCCGGGGUCUGUUCCAUCCUUUGACUGCGCAGAUAUCGUCCGUGGUCAUCGAGUGAUUAGAUGCGACGACGAGUAUUCACGGAAUUUUUUCAGCAAGGCGAUCACUAAGAUUAGUGAGAACUGGGACGGUUUAAGACUUAAACUUAUCUCUGCGGCGGAAAUUCCAUCUAGGCCUCGAGCGCGCGUUUGGUUGCCUAAAAAUCUUGGCCCUCCGGACCUUAUUCUGCAGCAACUGAAGCUGCAAAAUCCAGAAAUCCAGAUGGAAGACUGGUCGGUUCUCAAGACAGAAGAACCGCAAAAACACAGCCAAUCAUACCUCCUUCUCAUCAAUGAAGAAUGCUUGCCAGUCAUUGAGGCUAAUGACUGCAAGCUCCGUUAUGGCAUCCGGAAGGCCAAAAUAAAGAUAUUCAAAAAUGCGCCACCGGAUAACAUUUUGGAUGAGGUUGAGGGCACUAGCAAGCUGCUAGAUGACCUUAUCAUUAAUAAAAAACUCUGUUGAUGUACUGAUGGUUUAUCGUGCAGGUAAACCUAAAAAAUUCCAAUUGUACUACGGAUAAUCUGAUUGUCUUACUCAGAGAGGAGGUCAUCGACUUUGUCAUCAUUUAAGAGCCUUGAGUUCAUAGUUCAUGUGUCAAAGGACUCAACCUUAACGUCCUUUUCAUGUCAAAGGCUCUCUAGAUACCAAAAUCAUCAGGGUAGAGCGGAAGCAAAAACCUGCAGUUUUAAUAGUAGCCGUCUACUUUUCAUACUAAAGGGAGUAGAAUUAGUUCACAAUUUCGCACAGACCAAGAAGCUAGCUUUGCUGUGACGCCAGUGCCCGGCACUCGUUGUAGGGAAGCUAGGAAAUCAAUGAAAAAGUUUUCAGGAACAUUCUUUGCCUCGCCUUGUUGGAGUGCCAUCCAUUCUUUUACUGGGUAUAUGUUUGGCUUCCGUAUUUUCACAGCAUUUGGUGUUAUUUCUACAAGAACUACUUUGCAUGUCAGCAAACUUAUCUGCCAAUGAGAGUUCUCGAGUUACUUGGGAUUGAAAUUGCAACUACGACAAGGGUGUAGUGUUUUCAAACUUAGUAUGUCUAUUUACCACCCGCAAAAAAGUGACGAUCACUUAGAAGAACAACGUCCCCUCCAAAUUCGACAACUUUACAAUAAGGUGUUGCGGCACUUCCAUACAAUAUGGUUUGAUACUGAUGAGCAAAAACACCAGGAUUUAAAGCCAAAUCGAUGGCUUUCCACGGAUAAACAUUUUACAUGAAUGUCUACCGAUAUAAAGUUUAAUUUGUGCAUCAAUUUAUAAGUCAUGGCAGAAACAUUAACACAGAUCGAUCGCAGUAUAAUUUUGUAUAAUUUUAGUAAAAAGUAUUAAUAUAU